CCAUGCUGUAUCACUUGUCACAGUCACACCCACUCAGAACCGCUGGUCACCGAUUAAAUUCUCACCGAACCGUAACACCCAAACAGAUCUACAAUGUCUUCUGAAGGAUUAGGCGAGACUUUGGUGAUUCGGUUCGGCCUUAUAAACGCGUAUAACAAAUAUCUCACAGCUGAGACGUUUGGCUUUAAAAUCAACGCCUCUGCGACCUCCAUGAAGAAAAAGCAAGUGUGGACCCUUGAGCAGUCUGGAGAUCACGGAGACUCCAAUGCAGUGUUUAUCAAAAGCCACAUGGGCAGAUACCUCGCAACGGACAAGGAUGGCAACGUGACCGCGGACAGCGAGCAACCCGGCCCGGAUUGUCGAUUCCUAGUGAUCGCACAUGAUGACGGCCAGUGGUCCCUGCAGUCCGAGCCAAACGCACGCUACCUGGGCGGCACCGAGGACCGGAUUGUGUGCUUUGCGCAAAGCAUCUCUCCUGCAGAGAAAUGGAACGUGCAUCUGGCGGUCCAUCCUCAGGUGAACGUAUACAGUAUCGCGCGAAAGCGGUACGCUCACCUUCGCGCAGAGAGGAACGAGCUCGCCGUGGACCGUGACGUGCCGUGGGGUGUGGACUCGCUGCUCACUCUCGUGUACCUGGAUCACCGGUAUCAUCUACAGACGGCUGACAACCGCUUCCUCACCUGCAGCGGCACCCUGGUAACCAAACCCGACACCGACACCGGCUUCACGCUGGAGUUUCGGGCGGGCAAGGUCGCUUUUCGGGAUGCCACGGGCAAGUACAUCGCUCCCACGGGUCCCACAGGGACCAUGAAAUCCGGCAAGAGCGCGCGCGUCGGCAAAGAUGAGUUUUUUGUCCUCGUGCAAAGUCACGGGCAAGUGGUGCUCACUGCCAGCAACGAAAGAAACGUUUCCACGCGCCAGGGGGUGGAUUUAUCAGCCAAUCAGGAUGAGGAAUCAGAUCAGGAGGUGUUUCAGAUGGAGAUGGAUAGAGAGACAAAGCGCUGUGCUUUCCGAUCAUGCAAUGGAAAGUACUGGAGCCUCACCCCCAGUGGAGCGGUCCAGUGCACUGCCUCCACCAUGUCACCCAGUUGUUUCUUCGAUCUUGAGUGGAAAGGGUCAAAAGUUGCAUUGAAAGCCAGUAAUGAUAAAUACCUGGCAGCCAAGAAGAACGGCCAACUGGCGGCUGCUGUGGACUCUGCAGGUGAGCAGGAGGAGUUUGUGUUGAAGCUCAUCAACAGGCCACUGAUAGUGUUGCGUGGGGAACACGGCUUUAUUGGUUGCCGCAAACAAGGAACUGGGACCCUUGAUUCCAACCGCUCAUCCUAUGAUGUCUUCCAAUUAGAGUACAACAACAAUGCUUACUGCCUCAAAGAUGCAGUGGGGAAGUAUUGGACAGUGGAGGCAGAUGGGUCUGUGGUUAGCAGUAGUGGUACACCUGUCUUUUUCCACUUUGAAUUUUGUGAUUAUAAUAAAGUGGCCAUUAAAACAAAGGAGGGCAAGUAUCUUAAGGGAGACCAUGCUGGUGUGCUCAAAGCCAGUGGCCAGAGCAUAACUGAAGCAACAUUAUGGGAAUACUGAGAAAAAGUGGGACCCCCCUUAAUAACACGAAAAAAACAUGUGUUCUUUAAAUCUAUCCUUAAACAUAAGCUCAAGGCAUUCUCUUAAUCAUUAGCACAAGAUAAUAACACACAUCACGCAACAUACAAAAAUUAUUCAUAAUAAUCUAAUGGUAAAAACACAAUAGAGCCAAGAGCGAGUGAAAUGUUUUUUAAAGUGUUCUAGCCCCUUUAGUGUUAAUUUCACCAGGAAACUGCGAAGAAACGUAGAAUGCAGACCGUAAAAGUCAGUUUGCAAAGAUUUACUGUAGUUAUAGUAAUGUUAAUUCUAUGAGAGGUUGCUUUUUUUCUGCCAUGGAACACAAAAUAUGUUAUGCAGAAUAUUAGCCUCAGUCUACAUUUACUUUCAUUGAAUGGAAAGAAAAAAAUGAUGCAAUAAAAGUGAAUGUGAACAUUCUGCCUAACAAUUCAUUUUGUGUUCUAUAUAAGAAAGAAAGUCAUGGGUUUAGUUCAUCGGGGUGAGGAAAUGAUGACAGAAUAAAUUUUUUUUGGGUGUACUAUGCCUUUAAAUAAGAGAAGUACAAAUUUAUGUCAAGGGCAGACAGGAAGUCUUUUUGAAAACUGGAUUAUAAUCUGACAAACUUGAAAUUCUACAGUGCAUAUGAUGUGCUUGGCUCGUUUGUCUCAAUGAUUAGCAUGAAAAUAUAACUAUUGCAUGAAAGGCUGUCACGAAAUCAUGCAAAGAUUCACAAGAGUAGGCUUAUGCAAAGUUUCUCUGAUGCUUUUGUGAUCUCAUUUCUCUCAUCGUAACAGCUGUUUCCAAUAAAUUCAGUAUCUGUGUAGUAUUACAUAAUGGUCAAUUAUUUGCUCAUGCAAAAUAGGCAUACAGACAUGUGUGUCAUUUUUUUAUCCUUUAGGCAUAAUGCUUAUUCUUGACCAUGAUCCAAAAAGCAUUUUUAGAGUGAACUGACUUCUGUAAAGAGGCCAGGUUUUUAAUAGCACCACCUAGCACCAGCUCAGAAAAUAUCUGAGAAAUAUCCCUGCUCUCUUUGGAGAGGCUAAAUUCCAAAGGAACAAAACUCACACAGACGCACAGAGUGAGUCAAAAGCAAAUCAAGCAUACUAUUUAUUUGUCAAAUUGUUAUAUGUGGUGUUUGUGGCCAUGCUUGGUUUCAUGAUUGUAUCCUGCCAAAAAUAUAUUGUUCCUACUAGAUGAACAACAUUGUAUUACAUUUUUUUUUUAUGUAAAUCAAGCUUGAUGUUGAUAUUACGUUGACUUGCAGUUUUUCGGCUAAAGCUUUUCCAUGUGAAUGUGCUGAAGGGAAAAAAUGAAGAUGUGCUUGUGCCUUGCUCAUUGAGAUGAGAUAUCAGAAGUGUGAAAAUACAGUUUUUGAAACUUUUUUUUAUUUUGUUCUCAUUAUGUGCUGUUUGCAACU